AUGGCUGAAAAGAUGUACGACCGCAUAUGCAGCCGCAGUGACGGCGGAAAGCGCCUUGCAAAGCGGCAAAACUACCUCCUUGCCCAGAAUGACUUAAUCGAAGAGCAGAUUCUUCAGAUCGAAACUGAUCGAGCUUUGCACUCUGUCCCGCUCCUAGAGCAAGCCACAGACUUGGGACAAGGGGACAAGGCAAAAAGUCCGGUGCAUACCAAGCUUUGUUGGGUAACUUCAUGA